AUGUUUGUUUUGAAACUCAUAACAGAAGCGUUACUUGCAUCACCUUUAAUCACCCAUGAAAAAUCAGAUUCAAGACCAGUUGUUUUCUGGCAUGGAAUGGGGGAUACUUAUAAUUCAUCCGCAAUGCAAAGAGUAUUUUCAGCAUUACAUUCAGUUAAACCAGAACUUUCAAUUUAUUCAGUUUAUAUUGAUGAAGAUCAAUCCAAAGAUCAACAAGCAUCAUUGAUUGGUAAUGUUAAUGAACAAGUUGAAAUUGUUUGUGAUCAAUUAAAUUCAAUAAUUGAACUUCAAGAUCAAAAAUUUGAUUUUAUUGGAUUUUCUCAAGGUGGUAUAUUUGCAAGAGCUGCUAUUGAAAGAUGUGGAUUAAAUGUUAAUAAUUUGAUUACUUUUGGAUCUCCACAUUCUGGUGUUUCUGAUUUACCAAGAUGUUCUGAUUCUGAUUGGUUUUGUAAACAGAAGAAUGCAUUAUUAAAGAGACAAGUAUGGAAGAAAAAUAUUCAAAAUUCAAUAGUUUCAGCUCAAUAUUUUAGGGAUCCAUUAGAUUAUGAAUCUUAUUUAGAAAAUUCUGCAUUCCUUGUUGAUGUUAAUAAUGAAUUACCAAAUGAAAAAAAUGAAACAUAUAUUGAAAAUUUAGAAUCAUUGAAUAAAUUAGUUUUAAUAAUGUUUGGACAAGAUGAAACUGUGGUUCCUAAAGAAAGUGCUUGGUUUUAUGAUCAAGAUAAACAAACAGGUGAUACAAUAAAUUUCCCAAAUACAGAGUAUUAUACAAAAGAUUUAUUAGGAUUAAAAAAAUUAUUUGAUGAAAGAAAAAUUGACUAUUUAACAAUUGAUGAUGUACAUAUGGCAAUUGGUGAUGAUUUUUUGAAAAAAGUUACUGAAACUUAUUUAGGACAUUGA